AGGAUAAAGUUACUUUGGCAGAGACUUUAUCAUGUUAUAUUUGUGUCUUUGCAGGUCAGUUAGAUCUUUCUACACUAAAAUUGUGGAGAAAAUGUGCAAUAAAUUCCCUUUUGGUGAUCCAACCAUGAAAGACUUGGGCUUUCUCAACCCAUCAGCAAGAUCUUCUAAGACUUCAGAUGCAGUAAUAAGACUUAUUAAGAGAUUCCCAUCUUUGUCAACUGAUGAAAACCUUCAACAGCUGCAGGAUCAGUUUGAUGACUACAUGCUGUCACCUGAUUCAGAUCUGCCACCCAUAACAGAUGAUCUUGACAAGUUUUGGGGUGAAAUGUCCAAACAGAAGGAUGUGUUUUGCAAAAGUGACAGGUUUGAUGUUCUAUCUAAGCUAGCUUUUGCACUGCUGUCACUUCCAAACAGCAAUGCUGAUAGUGAGAGAGCAUUUUCAAUGGUAAGGAAGAUCACGACAGAUUUCAGGAGUGACAUGAACAAUGACACUUUAUGUGCACUGCUUUCUACCAAAAUAAACUGUGACAGUGAUUGCUGUGAUUAUCAACCUUCCACCAAUGUUUUGAAGAUGGCAAAAACAGCUACAACAACUUACAAUGUAAAACAUUCAUGUAAAUGAAGAAAGUAUGCAUAGAAAUGCUUAUUAAAUGACACAUGUUGAUAAAUUUUUCCAGUUUCAUUGUUUUUAUUUCAAGUUAAAUGCCGUUAGGCGCAAUGACCUGAAUUGGAGUGCUAUGACCUGCAUUUUUAUGAGUAAUGACCUGCAUUUUGUUCAUGAGAACUUGACAGGUCUGAUUGCUGCCUCGUCCCUUUUAGGUAGUGUUGCGCACAAAACCAAAGUUGAAAUAAAAUUAUGUGGCUAGAUCAUGAAAACACAUAUUUUUCCUUUCAAAUCAGUUCAGAUGGAGAAUUAUCAGAAUCUUUCACUGUCGAUAUCUAGGGUUGAAAUAUUGUAGAAAAUCAGAGGCUUACUUAUGUCAUUAUCUUAAUCUGACUGAGGAUGUUUACUCACUUUCUCUUAUUUUUCCUCAUUCUACAAGAUAGA